CACAAAUUUCUCAUAGCUCAUUGAGCUGCAGAAGGCGGACACAGCAGAAGUGAAAUGGGCAAUGCUCACACAAGUGCUCAAUACCAUGUGCACUUCAGUGAAGAGGAAGAUGCCAAGAGAAUCAGAAAGGCAUGCAAAGGAGCAGGAACUGAUGAAAUCACAAUUAUUAAAGUUCUAGCAAGUCGCUCAACAGAACAGAGACAGAAAAUAAAAGAGAAGUACAGAGCUCUCUACGGAAAAGAUCUUGAGAAAGUAAUUCAAGAAGAACUCAGUGGGUGCUUAGAAAAGACAAUAUUGGCCAUGUUAGAUCAGCCCUGCCACUUUGACGCCAAGUUGCUGAACAAAGCAAUGAAAGGAGCUGGAACAGAUGAAGAUAUCGUCAUCGAGCUUCUCUGCACAAGAGCUAAUUCACAAAUCAUUGCCACAGAAGAAGCAUACAGACAAAUGUUCCCAUGUGAUCUAGUAAAUGAUAUUCAAAGUGACACCAGUGGAACUCUACAGAAAUUGCUGCUCUCAUUGCUUGAGGCCAACCGAGAUGAGGGGUUCGAAGUCAAUGAAGACCUGGCUGAACAAGAUGCCAAAAAACUGUUUGAGGCUGGUGAAAAUUGUUGGGGUACAGAUGAACUGGCAUUUAAUACUGUCUUAACCAAGAGAAGUUGUAUGCAGCUGAGGGCUACCUUCAAAGCCUAUGAAAUACUCCAUGGCUCAAGCAUCGAGGAGGUGAUCAAAAGAGAAACAUCUGGUGACGUGAAGAAGGCUUAUCUGACAAUCGUUCAGUGUACCAAGGACUGCCAAGUCUAUUUUGCAGAGGUGUUACAUGAAGCAAUGAAAGACGUGGGGACAAGCGAAGACACAUUGAUUCGUAUCCUGGUCUCUCGCUCAGAGAUUGAUCUUCCAAACAUUAAGGAGAGGUAUCAGGAGAUGUACAAGAAGUCUUUGGCUGAUGAAAUCAAAUCGGAGACUUCCGGAUAUUUUCAGAAAGUUCUGCUGGCCUUAGUAAAAUAA